CAGACCCACGUGUUUUACAGCGGCUCUCCACGCGUCUCCACUGCGGGCAUGAGGAACUCCAGCCAUGAGGACAGAAGGAGCCCGAAUUCUUUUUAAAAACAGAUAAAUACUGUAUUAUAAAUCCCACAGAGCUCGCCUUUAUCUCCUCUCCUUUCUCCAGUAGCUGCGGGGUGAUUAGUUUACUGACAAGAUGGGGAAGGAAAAGACUAAGAACCAGAAGACGAUACGAGGGACCAGCUCUCACCGGGCUGAGGAGGAUUACAGUACUGUACCGCACUCCUUCGUGUUUCAUCGUGGUCAGAUUGGUAAAAAUAUCGGCCAGCUGGUUGAAGACAUGCGACGUGUCAUGGGCCCCUACACAGCAAAGUCUCUGCAGGUUCGAAAGAAAAACAACUUUAAAGAUUUCGUGACCGUAGCCGGACCUCUGGGAAUCUCACACUUUCUUGUGUUCAGUAAAACACAAACCCACGUUAACUUUAGGCUGGCACGACUUCCCAAAGGCCCCACUCUGUGUUUCCAGGUCACUAAGUAUUCUCUCAUCAAAGACGUGGUUUCAUCGUUGAAAAGGCACAGAAUGCACGAGCAGCAGUUCACUCAUCACCCGUUGUUGGUGAUGAAUAAUUUUGGCCUGGACGGGAUGCACAUCAAGCUGAUGGCCACCAUGUUCCAGAACAUGUUCCCCUCCAUCAACGUGCACACGGUCAACAUCAACACCAUAAAGAGAUGUGUGCUGUUCAGUUACAAUGCAGAGACUGAGGAAAUAGAGUUUCGACAUUACAGCCUCAAGGUGGUUCCUGUGGGCAUGAGCCGAGGUGUGAAGAAAAUUAUACAGGAAAAAAUCCCCAAUUUGAGCAAGCUGGAGGACAUCAGUGACCUGCUGUUGGCGGGGGCGAACCUGUCGGAGAGUGAAGCCGAACAAGACGGGGAUCACAACAUCACAGAGCUGCCUCAGGUGUACUCAGGCCGCGGGAACAUGAAGUCACAGCAGAGCGCCGUGCGACUGACGGAGAUCGGCCCUAGAAUGACGAUGAAGCUGGUGAAGAUCAUGGAGGGCAUGGGAGACGGGAAUGUGAUGUACCAUUCGAUUUAUACAAAAUCAGAGAAGGAGCUUACGGAGAUCCUGAACAGGAAAGAGGCUCGUCUAAAGGAAAAGGCUGAACGCAGGCGGAAGCAAGAGCAAAACAUCGCCCAGAAGAAGCAGCAGCAGGAAGAAAACAAGAAAAAGAGUCUGGAAGGGAUGAAGAAGAAGAGGAAGUUGGAGGGAACAGCAGCCAGUGACAGUGAAGUGGAGGAUCCUGGUAUGCAGGAGGACCAGGCUGCAGACACAGAGUCGGAGGAUGAGGCAGAAUACUACAGGCAGGCUGUCGGACAGGAACCUGAUGAAGACAUGUUUCCAAAAGCAAAGAGGAAACACGGCCCUGGCAAGUCACCUCAACCCUUCAAAAAGAGGAAACUUUCUGCCGCCAACGAGCAAAAACAAAGCCCUCGCUUUGCGGGUAAACCCUCUGCUGGCAGGCAGUUUGGGGGGAAGAAGAUGGGUAAAAGUGAUGGAAGGAAAGAGUUUGUAGCUUCAAAAAAAGGACAGUUCAGCAGCAAGUUCGGGAGGAGCAAAGAGGGAAAGAAGUUUGGAGGAGACAAAGGAAAAGGCUCUGGAAGAAAACAUUCUGGACCAAUGAAAGGCUCUGGUUCUAAGCCUAAAGGACAGAGACCAAAAACAGGCUCUGGAUUCAAAGCAGGGCAGAGAGGCAGCAAAGCAAAGAAGGACUUCAAGCGCAAGAAAGGCAGGGGUUGAAUGAUCAGCGGAUGCCGAGAUUAAACAGGAACCUGAACUUUUACAGCACUUCAGCUGCACUGACUCUUAAAAAAAAGCCUUUGCUGGUGGUGUUGACGGAGUUUUCCAGGUUUAGAUCUGCUGAGUUCGCAGAAUCCUCUUCUCUCAGAGCCAAACAGAGACUGCUUUCUGUCAAAGUCUUCCUUGUAGAGGUUUGUGCCUUGUGUAAAAAUGUUCGUACAGUGUACAAGUUGCGUUGCGUGUGCGAUUGUUUGUUUGUCAAUAAAAAAUCGGGUCUGAAAA